GGCGCAGUCGGCGGCGGGCGGCCAAGAUGGCGGCAGCGGUGGCGGCGCCGGGGUUUGAGCACAUGGGGCUGGACGGGCGGCUGCUGCGGGCGGUGGCAGAGCUGGGCUGGGCCACCCCCACGGCCAUCCAGGCCGAGGCCAUUCCCCUGGCGCUGGAGGGCCGUGAUCUCCUGGCCCGGGCCAGGACCGGCUCUGGGAAGACGGGGGCGUACGGGCUGCCCCUGCUCCAGCACCUCCUGCGCGUCAAGGAGGCGCAGGCACCCUCGGCGGUGGCGCAGGCGGUGCGGGCGCUGGUGCUGGUGCCGUCCAAGGAGCUGGGGCAGCAGGUGGUGCGCAGCCUGCGGCAGCUGGCGGCUUUCUGCGCCCGUGACGUGCGGGUGGCCGACCUCUGUGCCGAGACCGACCUCGCCGCCCAGCGGCCGGUGUUGAUGGAGAAGCCGGACGUGGUGGUGGGCACGCCGGGGCGGGUGCUGGCACACCUCAGCGCCCGUAGCCUGAGCCUGCGGCACUCGCUGGAGCUGCUGGUGCUGGAUGAGGCCGACCUGCUGCUCUCCUUCGGCUUCGGCGAGGACAUCAAGUCCCUGCUGUGCCAUCUCCCCAAGAUCUACCAGGCGCUGCUCAUGUCGGCCACCUUCAGCGCCGACGUGGAGGCCCUCAAAGAGCUGGUGUUGCACAACCCGGUGACGUUGCGCCCGCCGGAGCCUCGGCUGCCGGGCAGUUCCCAGCUGCGGCAGUUCGCGGUGCGCUGCGGCACCGAGGAGGACAAGUUCCUGCUGCUCUGCGCCCUGCUGAAGCUGAGGCUGCUGCGGGGCCGGGCCCUGCUCUUCGUGAGCACCCUCGCCCGCUGCUACCGCCUCAAGCUCUUCCUCGAGCAGUUCGGGAUCCCCGCCUGCGCCCUCAACUCCGAGCUGCCCGCCCGCUCCCGGUGCCACGUCAUCACCCAGUUCAACCGCGGCAUCUACGACUACAUCGUGGCCACCGACGAGGAGGCGCCGGCGGCACCCGUGGGGCAGCCCCCACGCAAGAAGCGCAAGGGUGCUGCCCAGAGCAAAGGCAAGGACCCGGAGUACGGCGUCGCGCGGGGCAUCGACUUCCAAAACGUGGCCGCCGUCAUCAACUUCGACGUGCCGCCGACGGUCGAUUCCUACAUCCACCGCGUGGGCAGAACGGCGCGCGCCGACAACCCCGGCACGGCGCUCACCUUCGCGCUGCCCGAGGAGCAGGACGGCCUGGCCCGCAUCGAGGACGCGCUCGCCGCAGAGAACGGUGAGUCGAUGCUGCAGCCCUACAAGUUCUCCAUGGAGGAGAUUGAGGCACUGCGCUACCGUUGCCGGGACGCCAUGCGCUCCGUCACCAAGCAGGCGGUGAAGGAAGCCCGGCUGCGGGAGAUCAAGGAUGAGCUGCUCAACUCGGAGAAACUCAAGGUGUACUUUGAGGACAACCCCCGCGACCUGCACGUCCUGCGCCACGACAAGCCCCUGCACCCCGCCAUCGUCAAGCCUCACCUCCGCAACGUGCCCGAGUACCUGGUGCCCCCCAGCCUCCGCGGCAUCGCCAAACCCAACCUGAAGAAGCGCAAGUGGCUGCGGCUGCCGCGCACCGGUGCCGGCCGUCGUGGCAGCUCGACGUCCCGUGGCACCGGCAACCCGUUACAGAGCUUCAAGUACGCCCGCCGCGGUGCCAAGCGUCCCGCCGCGCCGCCCUCCUGAGCCCACCGCUGCCCCACGGACUGCGCCCGCACCGGGGGGGGCACCGCAGCUGCCUCGCAGCCCCCUCCCCGAGGUUCGGGGUACCCCCGCGCCGUACCCCGUGGGGCGGUUGUGCCCAAUAAAGGUGUCAAGGGACUGUG